GUGAAGGAUGGAAACACGGACCAGAAUGAACUCCUUCCCGCCACAUGCGGCACCGUCACUAACCAGGUGGUCACCUCUUCAGGUCGCUGGCUAUGGGUAGAGUUUACCAGCGAUGGGGCCGUCAACACGCACGCUCUGUACAUGGUUCUUACCACUGUAGCCGCAACGCAUUCGAUGGCUAACCUCACCGAUCCUCUGGCAGCGUGUAAAUCGUUCGAAUUUCAAUGCUCCAACUUUGUGUGUUUACCACGGGCUUACCUCUGUGAUGGAUUCAAUGACUGUGGCUGCGAGAAAGACUGUGACGAAUCAGAUUGUAUUGGUCUCGGGUUCGAAUCGCUCACACUACUGGGCAUGUCAGCGGGGAUUGGGGUAGGAGUAUUCAUACUCAUCUUCAUCUUUGUGUGGUUGUGGGAGAGACGACGCCGGCGAAUAGCCAAACAAAAGGAGAGAGAGGAUAGAAUGAAGGAAGAAGGAAGAGGUCGAUCCUCCAAGAACAAGAAGGAUGACAAGAAAGAUAAAAAGGCUAAGAGAAAAAAGACGGAGAUAUAUUGGGUGAGCUGAGCUGGGCUGAGGCGAUAUCUAUUUUUUAGUUUUUACAACUGUCUGUGAACUGAAAUCUAGAAACGUUUUUCUUCUAAACAUGCCCUUAUGUAAAAGUCUCGUGACGUUUUUCUUCUACCAAAUGCGCCCUUAUGUAAUCUGGUGAAUUUUUUCUUCACAUGUCCUCAAGUUAAAUUUAAGGACAUUUUGUCUUCUGAACAUGCUCUUAUUUAAAAUCUAGAGACGUUUUCCUCUGAAGAUGAACUAAAGUUAAAUCUAAGGAUUUCUUUUCUAAACAUGCUGUUAUGUAAAAUCUAGAGGCAUUUUCUUCUGAAGAUGAACUAAAGUUGAAUAUAAGGAUUUCUUUUCUAAACAGGCUCUUAUGUAAAAUCUAGAGACGUUUUCCUCUGAAGAUGAACCAAAGUUAAAUCAAAGGAUUUUUUUUCUAGACAGACUCUUAUGUAAAAUUUAGAGACGUUUUCCUCUGAAGAUGAACUAAAUUUGAAUAUAAGAACGUUUCUCUAAACACUUCAUCUUAUACUUAUUCGGAUGUUCUUCACACCAUGCGAGGAUCAGUAUGAUAAGGGUUAAACUCUGGCUUUAUAUCAAUAUAUAUUUAUAUACAAAUUCCCAGAGCAGUUCUUCUAGUGUAACUGACCCGUCGUUAAAUACUAAUCCUACAUACUGUCAUUACGUAUGAAGACAUUACCUGUAAAAGGGCAGUUAUUAAGGACAACAAAAUUACUGGAAUACUAUACUGUAUAGUUAUUGAUUGAACCGUAAAAUAAACGGGUUUAUGGCUACUAGCCAAACCUUAACCAUUAUCAUACUGCAUGCUACUUAAUACAGGGGAAAUAACUGUGAUAAGACCUGGAAUAAUAUAGAUUAUAAUGCAUGUUGUGAUAUGUAAAAUCAGGUUGCUUGUUUCGACUGAUAUGUGAUUUUUUUAUGAUUUUAAUGUUAUGUUUGUGUUACUGAAUGGUUUUAUCCAGUUGAUUCGGCUCAGCCACAAAAUUUCAACAUUAAUUAUGCCAGAACAUUAAAACUUGUGUACCUAUGUUCAUCACUAGUCGCACCAGCAACCUGCUUUUUCAUGAUGAUAUAACCAAGUUAUUUCACAGAUGCCUGUCCAGUGAUGAUCAAUGACCAACCUCUGCUGAAGCCAACUGCAUUCCUCUCUCUUGCUUGAUCUAUUGACAAAUCGUCAUUUUUUUUUUUUUUUUUGACGACUGUAACCAACCUUUCUCUGUUACCAAUAGUUCCGUGGUGAACAGAUAACAAACAAAACACGUGAAUCCUAAUUACGAUGAUGAUAAGAACUUCGGUCUCAAUGUCUCUGGAGAACCUACAAUAUCGUCAUAGAAAAUAUCUUUAUAUUUACACAGUUUUAUCGUCAUCGAUUGGUUACCAUUGAAACACAGAAAGUUGUUUGCCGUCUAAGAUAUUAUAUUGUAAAUCAUCUAAUAUUGAAAGAUUCCUUCAGUGGGCUAAAUUGUUCCCUCUGGUCUGUGUUAAUUUCCCACUACGAAACAAACUCGUCGUUUUAUGGAGUUUUUGUUGAUGUUUGGUGUAUAUAAAGUACCCCUGUCCCCCAACAACAUGGUGAUUUACAGUAUAACAUUAAAUGCUUUCUUCCUGCUUGAUUGUCGUCUCGACGUUCGGAAUGAUUCUUUUCAGCAUGAUAUUAGAAAACAUAAUACAUUUUGACAACUCCGUAAAUGCAUGCGCUGUAACUCGGUUGUUUCCAAGAAAUUAUUUAAAAUCCGUGACAUAGGCAUCUGCCUAGCAACCUUAAAACUAGAAGACAGAAACUCUUUAACAUCUGGAUGGUCUCAGCAAUAACGAUAACACCAACAGAAAAUAUUACUUUACAAAAUUUUCCUAACUACAGAAAUAUCAAUACAUUUAAAAUACAAACCAUUUCAUUAAAGUAAAAACGAUACACAUCAACGAGGCGUGAAAAGUCGAGGAUCCCUCCUAGAUCUGAUGUAAACUUCUGUAGGGUUCUGUUUAUCACAUUUAUAAUUUUCUUAACAACUGUUUUUCUUUAAAUUGCUGUAAAUUCCUCGCGGCGAUAUUUUCUUUCAUUUAUUUUUCUUUGGUGAAGUUUCAUCGUCACGAUGGAAUGGGAAUAUUUAGCAAAACACAGCUCUGCUAGGUACACCAGCAUAUGUGUAAUCUAACAAGGUCAUUACACUGAGAACAGAAAUGUUUUACAUUGAGAACAGAAAAGUUUUGUGCUGUAUAACGAUAUCUCACAACAUCUUCCUGACCACAGCAGUAUUAAUACCUGACAAACAUCGCUCUGCUUCAGUAACAGAACGUCGUGAAACACAAUACAAUAAUUUCUUAAAAAAAGGAAUAAUUCAUGACCUACUACUCUAUCCUGUGUUAACGUAUCGGUCAAAACUUAUAACCGAUAUAACUUCAAACCACUACCAGAACUGGAAGAUAUUUUGUGAGAAUACCUUUAGAGACUAGUUAUGAUAAUUUCCAUAUUUAACCGAUAUGUUUGUGUGGCAUUACGUUUAGUUUUGUUCCUACGCAAAAGAUAUAUAUGGUACAGUUUUCUAGUGAUAAUAAGCUGUUCGUCACCAGAGGACAUUUUCAGCAAUAUGUUGUGACAUGAAGUAUCUAGCAGAUAUAUUUUUGUCACAGCGAUAUUUUUUCUUCAGAACCAUUUUAUUUCAUAUAGUAAAAUAUGUAUUUGUCACGUGGCGAGUGGAUACCUGUGUGAGUGCUGUGCUGCUGUCUUGUUCAUGUUGAGAAUGUUUUCGAGGAGUGUUAGAGAACCAUCAAUGUUUAUUUACAGCCGAUGUGAGGCACUGAUUGUACCCACGUGUAUGAGAGUGAUGUUAUGUCUUCCGUUGUUAUAAAUUGUGAUGCACAUACCAGAGAAACAUCUUCUAUUUCUCUUCCGGACAAAGAUGUAGUGUUAGAGACUAUCUUUGAUGAAAACCUUAGACUCUCAUAGUCUCGUAAUAGGGAGAGUUUAAGAAAGGAUCUAUGGAACAAACUUUGAAAGAACUUAGUAUUAAAUGUAUUGCUACAAAUCUUGCCCUAUUGGUGUUUAAGGAAUAGAUAUAAGGAAGGAAAUGUACGCUGAACAGUUUACUAUAGAAAUAUCGACUCUUUGUAAUGUGUACACACACUUUUGGAGGAUUUUAGUACAACGGGUUUGCAUACAACGGCAUUCGUCUAUCUGUUUGGGAAGGAUGAUGACAAUUUUGCGACUAUCGACGAAAAACAAAAAAUCGAAAGUUUGUUUUGAUGAAGAAACGCAAAGAGCAUUUCUUAUUGUAUGAAUGAAUAUCCCUGCGAACGUAUGAAUGUCUAAGUUGUGAAUGUUUACAUAUGAUGUCUUUGUUAACACCCACUAGUGAUAUUGCAACAUUACCUGUGCAAUGCAUGUGUGCGAACAAAAAUGUCUGGGUACGUGCCUUGUGCAGGUCCGUUUUUUAUAGUAUCAUACGUACAUGUAUCAUAUAUUAGUUUAUUUUAGUACAAUUGUAUGGAUGUCGGUACUAACGGUGAAGUUAUGGUACCAACUAAAGUUAUUUUAUAUUUUAUAUUAGUAGUAAUUUAAAGUGUUUAUAUGAUCACACUUGUCUUUAAAAAGUGCUCUAUAUGUGCACG